AGAGGCGGAGCUGCACGCUGGGGACCUCUCGGAUGCAGCUCCCAGCGCUCACUGCCCGAUCGCCUGCAACCUCGGCUGAGCGCACGCGGCACCGGGGGCACCGGGGGCACCGGGGGCAACAUGACCAGCAGCACAUGCGACGUGAUCAUCAUCGGCGGCGGCAUCUCAGGUCUGUCGGCAGCCAAGCUGUUAGUAGAAUCUGGCCAGAAAGUGGUGGUGCUGGAGGCCCGGGACAGGGUUGGAGGCAGGACGUACACAACAAGAAAUCAAAACGUGAAGUAUGUGGACCUGGGUGGAGCCUACGUGGGUCCCACUCAAAACCGAAUCCUACGAAUAUCAAAGGAGCUGGGGCUGGAAACCUACAAAGUGAAUGAAGUUGAGCACCUGGUUUACUAUGUAAAGGGAAAAUCCUAUCCUUUCAGAGGUCCUUUCCCACCCAUGUGGAACCCAUUUGCCUAUAUGGAUUACAACAACCUAUGGAGAACGCUGGAUCAAAUGGGCAAGGAGAUUCCGCCUGAAGCACCAUGGAGAGCACCUCAUGCUGACGAAUGGGAUAAAAUAACAAUGCAACACCUGAUUGACAAACUUUGCUGGACCAGAAUUGCCAAGCACUUCGCUCGACUAUUUGUAAAUGUAAACGUCACCUCUGAACCAUAUGAAGUCUCUGCUCUCUGGUUUCUGUGGUAUGUCAAGCAGUGCGGGGGAACCUCAAGGAUAUUUUCAACAACCAACGGUGGACAGGAGAGGAAGUUUGUUGGUGGGUCUGGUCAGAUUUGUGAAAGAUUAAUGCAUCAUCUUGGAAACUGUGUGAAACUCGAGAAGCCAGUGAUCCGGAUUGACCAGACGGGCAGUACAGUCAUUGUGGAGACACUGGAUCAUGAAAGGUUUGAGGCCAACUAUGUUAUCAGUGCCAUCCCGCCAGCCCUCAGUAUGAAGAUCCAUUAUGACCCAUCUCUGCCUGUCCUAAAAAAUCAGCUGAUCCAGCGUGUUCCCAUGGGAUCCGUCAUUAAGUGUAUGAUGUACUACAAGGAGAACUUUUGGAGGAAGAAGGGUUACUGUGGUAGCAUGGUCAUUCAAGACGAGAAGUCUCCUAUUGGCCUGACUCUGGAUGACACCAAACCAGAUGGAACUUUCCCUGCCAUCAUAGGAUUUAUCCUUGCUCGAAAUGCACGGAGACUUGUAAGUCUCACAGAGGAACAGAGGAAGCAGAAGAUUUGUGAGAUUUAUGCUAAAGUCCUUGGCUCGGAGGAGGCUUUGCAUCCGGUUCAUUAUGAGGAGAAGAACUGGUGUGAGGAGCAGUACUCGGGCGGAUGUUACACUGCGUACUACCCCCCCGGAAUCAUGACUCAGUUUGGCAAAGUCCUGAGGGAGCCGUUUAAGAAGAUCUACUUUGCUGGUACUGAGACAGCUACCGAGUGGAGUGGGUACAUGGAGGGUGCUGUGCAGGCUGGUGAAAGAGCUGCCAGAGAGAUUCUGCACAAAAUGGGGACUAUUUCAGAAUGUGAGAUCUGGCAAGACGAGCCAGCGUCUGUGGAUGUCCCUGCAAUUCCAUUCAAAAUGACUUUCUGGGAGAGAAACUUGCCUUCAGUGUCAACAUGUCUUAAAUUUGUCGGGUGGUCUACAGUCCUCACCUCUGGAGCGGCUGCAGGUCUGUUUGCAUAUAAAAAGGGACUCCUGGGAAAGAACUGAGCUGUAAAGACUUCCACAAUGAAACGUGCUACCUUUUCCUUAAUGCACGAUAUCACAUUCAUGUCACCUGCCGAUUCAGUAAUCUGAAAAGAAAUUCCAUCCCGUUGAUCCGCAUGAUCGUUUAGGUUUCACAUGACAAAAGAUAGACAGUCACUGCGAAUCCUGUAAGUUUUCCAUUAAAAUUCCUCUGAUCUAUUAGAGAACAUUAAUUUAGCAUUUAUAAUAAUAAAAAAGGGGUUUGCAUCUAUUGAGAAUCACCUGGCACUUGAUGUUUUUUAUUCUGCAUCUACUUUCUCAUCACAUUAUCAUUAGAUCCCUUAAACUUAUGAUUAUAAUUUGCUUAUAGUUGCACCUUAAUGCUUGCAUUUAAUAUUAAUCAUGUUAAAUAAGAAGUUGCAUUUAUGAUUACAUUUUUGUCUCUAAUUACAGGUAGCUGAACCUUAUUUAAUAAAUAGUUGUGUCCAGUAUAGGAAAUACAAUCUAAAAUCUCAUGAAUCUCCUCGUUGUUAUCAGCCUAUUUUAGACAGUGACGCCUUUCUAAAAUUUUAGAUCCUUAAUGUUAUUUAAUGACUUUGAGACCCAUCAGAGACAGAUUGAGACACAAAGGGAUAGCGUUGUAAACAAGUACAUGACAAGUUAUGCUAGAUAAGUUUAGUGAUCCAAAUCCCUGACUGUCCUCUCGAAGUGAAAUGCUCUAUACAUGUGGAAUUUGUUGUUGUUGAAAGACUAUAAAGUAUAUAUGGUACGACAGCUGGGGAUAUGAUCCACAGCUUUCUUGAGCAUUAUAAAAGUCUGUAAGCAUAAGGCAGCUAAGUUGCCUCUCUGUUCACGACAGGUGUCUUUGUUUCAUGAAUAAUAUAUUCUUUUUUGUAAAAAGCCAAUGUCCUAAUUCAGAAUUUAUGUUAAAAGCAAGUGUUUGAUUAAAGUAGUUAUACAAACUACAGAUAUAUUUUUAAAAAUCAAAAGGUGUGAUGGUGUGGCUUUUGUCUAGUUUGACUAACCAGGGCCACUAAACUUAUUCCAGAUGUCCCAAGUCAAGAACCCCAAUAGACUACAGGUAUAAUAAUUGCUACUCAAAUGGACCAUAUAGUCCCCACCAGGGAAAAUUUGAACCAUUUAAUCCGGAUUUGAUGUAAUCCUCUCAGUUAAUGAUUCGGAAAGUCUUUGCUCUGUCCUUUUUCUCCCUUAUGCAUUUUUCCAAUGUACAAACCCAAGUGAAGUUAAAACUUGAUUUUACCAAUAUGCACUUACUCUAAACAUUAUAUUUCUGGACUAAAAUCCUAACGUUUCUGAUAAUGCAUUUGCAACCAGUUUGCUGACUGAAGAUGCCGUUUUUGCAGUUUUAUCUUUUGUGAUGUUAAAUGUUUAAUAACUUAGGGAAAUUGAACUGUGUUAAUUCAACUUCAUGUUAAAUAUCAGGAGCUGAGCAGGUGACCAGACACAAUGCAGCAGCACAUCACUGUUUUAUUCAAUUAAUUUAAAGGGGGGAGACUACACCACUAAUGUGUGUAAUGAUUAAGCAGGGAAUUGCCUAAAUAGUUGUCAAUAAACAUAGACGUGAACUCGAUGUAAUCGUGGUGGAGCUGACAUGGAAUUACAGUGAUGAAUGGUGCAAUUUGCGUAUCUGGCUAUGUUGAAAUCAAUGUAUUUGAAAUCUUACAGUGAUGCUAAUUGUGUCCCUCUUCCAAAGACGUUGUGUUUAGUCUUUGUUGGAUCUUGUGCCUUAUCUCUUUGUGGUAAUUUUCCUUUCUCAAGUGCCUACGUGACUGUCUUUAAUGUACACAAUUUCAACCUGUAAUGUUUCAAAGUUUUCUAUUGUCAACUGUGACAUUUUUAUUUCUAAUGUUGAUAAGCAGACAAUAAUGUGAAGCUGGUGUCAGCUGUUAAUGGAUAAAUAUGUCAGUGGAUUUUUUUGGGUUUAUUUGAACAUUGUGCAAAUCUCAUGCUAAACCAGUGUCUAAAGUGUUGCUUGGUAGAACUAAUUAUGGCUUAAUUGUGAAUAGGAACCACCAAUAAGCAGGGUCAGCCACUUGUAAUUUAUUACUAGACCUUGCAGAAUUUAUGAGCAACUUUGAGAAUGCACAGGUAACUUGUACCGUGAGCGCAGAGUUACGAGAUUAGGUAUGCAAUUGGAUAAUCAAGCAUUUGGUGUAAAAUUGUUUUGGAUAAAUUAGGGCCAAUCCAGUCUUGUGUUUAUUAUAUAAAAAUUAAUACAGUUUGGUUACAGAUCUGAUAAUAAAACUGAUGUGAAAAAAA